AUGGCCGUGCCUGAGAUUCCUUCAGUGGUGCUCCGUUCUUCCACCGGCGAAGUGAAGAUGCCGGUGAUCGGGAUGGGGUCUGCGCCAGACUUCACCUGCAAGGCCGACACCAAGGAAGCCAUUGUGGAAGCCAUAAGGCAGGGUUACAGGCACUUAGACACCGCCGCCGCCUAUGGCUCUGAGGCUGCCCUCGGAGAAGCCAUUAAGGAGGCUCUUCAGCUCGGCCUCGUCCCAUCCAGACAACACCUCUUCGUCACCUCCAAGCUCUGGUGCACCAACAAUCAUCCUCACCUCGUUCUUCCUGCUCUCCAGAACUCUCUCAGGAAUCUUCAGCUGGAGUACUUGGACCUGUAUCUGAUUCACUGGCCCAUCUCUGCUAAGCCAGGCAAGUUCGCGUUCCCCAUAGAGGCGGAAGAUGUGGUUCCUUUGGACUUGAAGGGAGUGUGGACGGCCAUGGAAGAAUGCCAGAGGCUGGGCCUCACCAGAGCCAUCGGAGUCAGCAACUUCUCCGUCAAGAAGCUCGACCAUCUGCUGUCAUUCGCCACCGUUCCGCCGGCGGUGAAUCAGGUGGAGAUGAACCUGGCAUGGCAGCAGAAGAAGCUGCUGGACUUCUGCAAAUCAAAAGGGAUAGUGAUCACAGCGUUCUCGCCGCUGAGGAAAGGAGCGAGCAGGGGACCCAACGAGGCCAUGGAGAGUGAUGUGGUGAAGGAGAUAGCAGAAGCGAGGGACAAGUCAAGCGCUCAGGUUUGUCUGAGAUGGCUCUACGAGCAAGGCGUGACCUUCGUGCCAAAGAGCUACAACAAGGACAGGAUGAACCAAAACCUGCAAAUCUUUGAGUGGUCAUUGACUGAAGAUGAUCAUAAAAAGAUGAGUGAAAUAAAGCAGCAACGUUUGAUCCAGGGACCCACCAAGCCUCCGCUUCCAGAUCUGUACGAUGACGAAAUAUAAACCAUAGAUGAUAUUUGAUUGAUUAGGGUGUCAUCGAUUCUGCAGAACACAAAAAUAAAAGCCUCCCCUUUAGUCUAUUCGGUUAAUGGAUUCUUUAUUUCUGGGUGGUGUGCGUAAUUGUUCGGUUUAUCCCUUGUCAUGCUUAUUUUGAGCUGUGUUGUUUUGGAAGUCGGAGAUAUGGAUAGUAGACUAUGAAUAUAUUACCUAAAGUUUAUUUAUCUC